CAGGACAUAAAUAACACUUUUUUUUAUAGUUCUGGUUUGAUGAUGGUACUAGCCCAAGAAAAUAUGAUUGAUAUAGCCAAAAAUUGGAGUCACUCAACCACCCUGGGAAGAGAAGACAAGGGUUUGCUUUCGCCGCGGAUAUGCAUUUUCGAGUCACCCAACCACCACCACCACUCCGACGAAGAAAAGGCGCAGUUAGACGAAUAGUUAACACUCGGAUCACACCACCACCACCACUAACCAACCCCACGCCACCGGGACUGGAACCCAAGAAGAAGCAAUAAAUCAGCAAAAUCCCACCCUCAUUACCUAAGAAUAAUUAAUGUUAAUGCGCACUGUCGUCACCACCCCGUCCACGUGCCGAACAGUGAUUCGGUCAAGCCAAAAGCCAUUUACGACAACGUUGUCCGUUUCCUGCCCAAUUCCACAGCCCAGUGCGGUGGCCCCCGGCCGCCGUUGUCCUUUUCCCGCCAUCCUGACACCCCUCCGCACUCCCUUCCCUCGCUCACGACGCAGAAACGGAACCCCAACGGUGGCAUUCUCGGGGUUUUGUUUUCUUCCUCAUCGCUUUUGUGAUCUUUUUUCCCCCUUCCUUUUCUCUGCUUUCUUUAAUCGUCUCCACCAUCCCAGAGUCCAGAGUCCUUCUCCAUAAACCCUCCUCUAUCCCCACUCUGCCUUCUCCAUUCCUGCGGGCUGAGUUAGUUUCCUAUUUUCAGCCGGAGAAGAGAGCAGAUUUUGCCUCAUCGGGCUGCCUAACAGCCGUGCCCGGACUGACUUCCUGUCCUGCACGAUGGGGAGAAAAUCGGGAAUGUAAAAGGAGAGACUUUAUUUUGGCGUCAAAUACCAGUUACCUAUAAUAAGAAACCCAAUAAAGGCAGGGGCUUUCUCCUUGGAUUUGGCUUUCCUUUCAACUUUCUGGACCAGAGAGAGAGAGACAGAACUCCCAGAUUUGAUUUUGGACGGAGAAUGAGAUUAUGGACUUCUGGCCGGAAUUUCUCGCCAGCAGCUGGGGGAAAGAGUUCGUCGCCGGCGGGUUCGGAGGAACAGCCGGAAUAGUCGCUGGGUACCCGCUCGACACCUUGCGCAUCCGGCAGCAGCAGACCAAUUCAGGGUCCUCCGCUCUCACCAUUCUUCGCCGGGUUCUUGCCACCGAUGGCCCUGCCGCCUUCUACAGAGGCAUGGCCGCCCCGCUCGCCGCCGUCACCUUCCAGAACGCCAUGGUGUUCCAGACCUACGCCAUACUAUCACGAGCUUUCGACCCUCCAUCAUCACCCAACGAGCCUCCAUCAUACAAAGGCGUAGCCCUAGGUGGAGUCGGCACCGGAGCUCUGCAGAGCGUGCUGCUCUCGCCGGUGGAGCUACUCAAAAUCCGCCUCCAACUACAAGACACAAGUCAUUCAAAACAACCCAAUAAGCCAAGCACCUGCAGAGGUCCAGUAACCGUAGCCAAGUACAUAAUCAGAACAGAAGGGGUAAGAGGAUUAUACAGAGGGUUUACCAUAACUGCCCUGAGAGAUGCGCCCUCUCAUGGGUUCUAUUUCUGGACGUAUGAGUACAUGAGGGAGCAGCUCCACCCGGGUUGCAGGAAGAAUGGUCAGGAGAGCUUGCAGACCAUGCUGCUAGCUGGAGGGCUGGCUGGUGUGGCAAGCUGGGUCUGUUGCUACCCGUUGGAUGUUGUCAAGACCAGAUUGCAAGCACAGACUCCGAGUUCCGCUAAUCCAUACAAAGGGAUCAUGGAUUGCUUGGCGAGGAGUGUGAGGCAGGAAGGUUACAGUGUGCUCUGGAGAGGGCUAGGGACUGCCGUUGCGAGAGCCUUUGUUGUGAAUGGAGCUGUCUUUGCUGCUUAUGAGACGGCGCUGAGGUGUUUCUUCAGCAAUGGGAACAUUCAGACUGAGAAUACCAUCUACAGCACGGAUUAGCCUCCCUUUCGUUUGAGAGGAUCCUGCAUUCCUUCGUAUCGGUAAUUCAAUAUCAACCAUCAAUCAUUCUUCAGGCACAAUCCAUGGAACAAUGGAGAAGAGUCACCUGAGAGGAAACUUGAAAGCCUCUACUACCCUAUCACUUAAUUUCUAGGAUUGUUGCAGCAUUCAGUACGACAUGCGAUCUUCUCAUCUCAAGAGAAUGUACCAUGGUUAAACAAAGAUCAUGGCAAAUCAGAAAGAAGCCUCGCAAUUAGCUUAGUAUGCAUCUAUGCUGGCUCUGAUGUCUUUGGUCCUGCUUAGGAGAAGCCACCAUCGGUGGUGCCCUAUGUGAAAUUCUGAUAUACAAAGUUUAUUUCAAUAAAGAAAGACAUGCUGCAGCAACAGAUUCCAACCCCCUUUCUUUUUUCCUAUGAAUGGCACUGCGAUUUGUUUCCUCAGCAUCCCACAUCUGAAUGUAUUCAUUCACUACUGUAACUCCAGAAAGUAUGACCAACUGUCAAAUCAACCUCCAAAACUGAAGGGAUUAAUGGACUACGAUUAUUCAUAUACCCAAGGAACCAAAAUAGGCCAGAUGCAGUACAACACGCAAGAGUGCCCUAUCACAGUGACCAAUAACAGGAAGCUUGCC